UGCCAGUCUGUGAGCUGGAGAGACACUCAAGACGACAGCGGAGGGAAUCUUCAAAAACAAAACUGUUCCUGCAACUUCUGUGGAUGCAAACAUCUUGUUCAAACUUGUGGACUUCUCCUUCUUCCCCGUGAGGAGUUUGAUUUCCUGCCGCGAUGCUUCCCUUCUUCCUCCUGACGUUAGCUGCCACCAUCCAGGCCCACAACCAGCUGCUGCCAGGCUCCUGCAGCUUCGAGACCGACACCUGCGGAUACACGUCAGACGAGGACUUUACGAGCUGGGCCCUGCACGAAGAUGGCCGUUUUGUUGCCGUGGACACCGUGGGCCAGGACGAUGCAGACGCCGGGCCACAGGGAGAGGUCACGGGGGUCACCGGGGUCCUGCUGAGUCCAUCCCUGGAGCAGGACGAGUGGAGCUGCCUGAGGCUCGUCUACCAGAUCGGCGGCUCGGGGAGCGUGGAGGUCCUGCGGCGCACGGAGGGGCGGAGCUUCGACCGGCCGCUGUGGAGCAGCCAGCAGGCCUCGGACAGCUGGGUCAUCUCCAGCAUGGACCUGCAGAACGACACCGAGCCCUACAGGGUCGUGAUCGAAGGUAAACCGGGACGCGGCGCCGGGAGCAGCGUGGCCAUCUUUGAGAUCCACAUCAGCUCUGGACACUGCCUGGAGUGUGACUUUGAGGAGUCCCACCUGUGUGGAUACAGUAAUCAGUGGAAUGCCAACGUGAACUGGUAUGUGGGCGGAGGGGGCCAGCUCCUCCAAAACCACAUCCCACAUGACCACACGUACAACAACAAGACUGGUCACCUGAUGUACGUGGACUCCGUCUACGCCAAAACGUUCAAAGAAGUGGCCAAGCUGGUGUCUCCCAUGACGACGGUGCCGCUGUCCGGCUGCCUGAGCUUCCAGUACCAGCGGAGCGACACGAGGGGGAACCUGUUCUCUGUGUACACCAGGGACCAGCUGGGUCAGUACCAGGACCUGUGGAGGGCGGACACGGAGGUCCAGAGCAACUGGAGCGGCAUGCUGGAGGAGUGGAUACCUGUGCAGGUGGACCUGAAGGCACCAUACUCUGUACAGGUGGUCUUCGAGGUUUCCUUUAACAGCCCGAGAGGCGGACGCGUUGCAGUUGAUGACAUUUCCUUUUCUCCAGAGUUCUGCAGCAAAGACACGGAGCCGACCUUUGACCCCUCCAUCGCCAGCUGCAACUUCGAGUCGGGUUUCUGCAACUACGCCCAGGACCCGGGCGCGGCGGCGUGGAGGAGAGUGUCCGUGAAGCCCAACAUCUUCAGGAGCGGGGACCACACCUCCGGGGCAGGAUACUUCCUGUUGGCUCAUUCCCGGCUGGGCCCGCGCUCCCGCUACGUGAGCCGGCUGACGGGCCCCACUCUGCCCGGCAACAUGAAGUUCUGCCUGAGGUUCUACUACUCCCUGAGGGGCUUCAACCGGACGGACCAGGCGCUCGCCGUGUACCUGCAGCAGCCGCGCGGCGCCCAGGAGAAGGUCUGGACUCAGGGGGAGAAGUCCAGAGGACUCUGGAUCACCGUGGACGCCACCUUCAUGACAUCACAGCCCGCCAAGGUGGUUUUCGUCAGCACCUGCAGGAGCUUCUGGGACUGCGGCUCCGUGGCUUUGGACGACGUCAGCGUGAGCCUCGGAGACUGUGAGCUGACGGCAGGCUCUCUGCCGGGCCACUGUGACUUCGAGGCCGGGCUGUGCGGCUACGCUCAGGACAAGCAGGACGCCGCCGACUGGCAGCGGAGGAGAGGGGCCACCCCGACCUCGUACACCGGCCCCAGAGGAGACCACACCACGGGACUCGGUUACUACCUGCACAUGGAGGCGUCGCCCAUGCUGCCGGGUCAGAGCGUCCGGCUGCUGUCCCGCUCCCUGAGGGGCUCCAAGGGGCCCCAGUGCCUGCGCUUCUACUACCACAUGUACGGCUCGGGGACGGGUCAGCUCGCCGUUCGCCUCCAGAAGGCCGGAGAGGAGGCGGAGCCUCUGUGGCAGCAGAGCGGCGAGCGGAGCGUCGCCUGGCUGAGGGCCACGGUGGAGUACCGGAGCCACAGCCAGCAUCAGAUCGUGUUUGAAGCCACCAGAGGCUCAUCGGUCAGGAGCGACAUCGCCAUCGAUGACAUCAUCUUGGAAGGCGGACCUUGCCCAGAAAUGGACAUCGUGGCCACCGUGGGAACCUCCAAUGAGAUCGAGUAGAAAACGGCGUAGGAUGCAUGGACCCCGUUGUUGUUUUUGCACAUUAGAUUCCUGACCGGAGGAAUGUGGGCGACAGGAAUCUCUCCACGUAGUUCUGUUUUCAUGGAGCAACACACAUCAGCUGUGGCCACAGCGUAGCAGCAGAGGAUGUUUACCUGUGUUUUUCCAACACAUUUAUAUGCAUUAGAUUAAUGCUCAUCGCUCAAAAUAAAGCUAGAAGGUUAUUCAUCAUUGUUUUUUCUCUCCAUCAUUGGCAACCACUAAAGUCGAUAUUUAAUUCUGUAAUAAUCGGGACGGAUGAGUCAUGAUUUUGGCGUAAUUACUGAAAAUUGUGAAAACAUUUCCAACAUGUUAGGCCAACAUAUAAUACAGAACAUACAAGGGCUAUAUUUAUUAUUAAAAUACAAGAUGUUGUCUUACUUGUAAGCUGUAAUUAAUGUACCCAGAUGUUUUUAGUGUGAACAAAUCCACAGUUGUGGCCCAGAUAUCCCGAGAAAGUAAAAAUAAAAGUCUCCUGAACUACACAAGCAUCAA